AUUAUAUAAUUUCAUCGAGCAUCAGAAGUUUAUUUUUUUGUAAUUUUUUAAUCAACGAAGAUUAUUCGUAAUUACGUCAAACCCAAAAAAUUUGUUUGUAAUUUACCCUUCUUAUUUGUGAUUACUCUUUUCUUGGGAUAUCUUCAGGCAGUAUUCCCUGUUUUAAUGCUGGAGCAACAGCUUAAAUGAGACAAAUUGUCCAAUCUGUUGAUUGAAAUAUGAUCUGUAUGGUUUACUGUGGGACAACCUCAUCUUUUGCUUGCUGUUACUGUCAGAACAUAAGUUUGUCUUUUCAUCUUGCAAUUUAAUUGGUUCUUUCUGGUUUAUAGUGCAACGAAGUGUGCUCAUCAUAGAGGAAAGGAAACAGGAAUCUUAAAAAACAAGACUUGGCUCCACACUGCUGCCAUAAACUGGACCAAAUAUGACCUUAUUUCAUGUUCAAACCAAGUAGUUGCACAGCUUAUGCAUCAGCAAAGUGCAAGAAUAUUUGGUACUAAGACUAAGAAAGUAGUUACUAUGUGUGUUCCUCCGGUUGAGCGAUCAGGAACUGUCUGGACCGCUCUGGCACAUAUUAUUACAGCAGUGAUCGGGUCGGGAGUGUUGUCGUUAGCAUGGAGCGUUUCACGGCUUGGAUGGAUCGCAGGUCCAUUGACCAUGCUGGCGUUUGCCUCGGUUACGCUUACUUCCGCUUUUCUUCUUUGCAGUUGCUACAAAUCUCCUGAUCCCAAUGAUGGUUUUCACAGAAAUGGCUCCUACUUGGAUGCAGUUCAGAGAAUUCUAGGAAAGAAGAGCGCUUGGAUCUGUGGCAUUAUCGUGCGGAUAAACUUCAUCAAGCUAGGCAUUGUCUAUACAAUAACAUCGUCCAUCAGCAUGAGAGCAAUUCAGAGAUCGAACUGUUUCCAUAGAGAAGGCCAUAAAGCUGCUUGCAAAUAUGGAAACGCUUAUUACAUGUUGAUCUUUGGACUUAUUCAAGUGAUUGUGUCCCAAAUACCUGAUUUUCGGAACACUGAGUGGCUUUCAGUCAUCGCGGCAAUCAUGUCCUUCAUGUACUCUUCCAUCGGGGCAGCACUUGGCCUGGCCAAAGUAAUAGAAAAUGGAGAAAUAAAAGGUAGCAUCGGAGGUGUCCCAACUUCUACUGCUGCUCAAAAAGUAUGGUCGAUUUCUCAAGCGCUCGGUGACAUUGCCUUUGCUUUCCCAUUUUCAGUCAUCUUUCUAGAGAUAAUGGAUACGCUGAAGUCCAAUCCACCAGAAAAAGUCACCAUGAAGAAGGCAUCCGUAGUGGCAGUAUGCAUCACGACGUUCUUCUACUUGUGCUGUGGAGGAUUCGGCUAUGCAGCUUUCGGGAAUUCCACUCCAGGGAACCUCCUGACUGGAUUCGGUUUCUAUGAGCCAUACUGGCUGAUUGACUUUGCUAAUGCGUGUGUCGUCCUCCAUCUUGUUGGGGGAUAUCAGUUACCGGUAUUCAGUCAGCCUCUAUAUGCAAAUAUCGAGAAGUUUCUGGCCAAGAAGUUCCCCAACAGUAGAUUUGUGCACAGUGACUUGAAAGGAAUGGCGGGUUUGAGACUGAAUGCCAUGAGGCUGUGCCUACGAACAGCUUACGUCGGGCUCACAACAGGGUUUUCAAUGCUGUUUCCUUACUUUAACCAAGUUGUCGGAGUGGCUGGAGCAAUCAACUUUUGGCCGGUCGUCGUGUAUUUCCCUGUGGAGAUGUACUUGGUGCAGAAAAACAUCGGGCCUUGGACGAGCAAGUCAAUUAUUCUUAGGAUAUAUUGUUUUGCUACCUUGCUUGUGAUCUUGUUCGCCUUCGUUGGCUCGAUUAAAGGUCUGAUGACAGCACGGUUUAGCUGAGAGAUGAAAUUAGUAUACAUUGUGGAGAUUGGAAUUAAAUAGAAAUUGCAUUCACAUAUUUUAUUAAAUGGGAUAUCAGUUGUUUCAGUAAGAACUGCUUAUCCUAGAAAGACCCUCUUGCAGGAAACCUUUGCAAUGCAGGAGGAAAUGAUUAGUUUACAAGGUAAAGGACGAAAACGAGGAUGUUU